AUGGCACGAGAACGAAAUCAAAAUUCAACUUUCGAUGAAAUCGAUAAAUUACUUGCCGAUGAAGAAUUUUGUCGAGCAGUAGACGCAUUGAAUGACAAUACAGACAUUACUGUUCACUCAUCAACACAGACAACACCGGAUCCUUUAAAUACUGCUUUUAUUGAAGAUACCAACCUCAAUGAACAUCAACAAAGUAAUUUAUCUCAACAACAAAGCCAAACUAUAAAUGAUGCAUCAGCCAUCCUUCGUGAAUUGGCGGAGAUAGCGACUGAUCAUGAACAUGAACGGAUCGAUCAACCUUUACCAACAACAACAACAACAACAACAAAAGGAAACUUGGUCGAAAUAGUUGAUCUAUUAUCAUCAACAUCUCGUACGAUCGAUCUAUGUACACCGACACCGACACCAACACCAACAUCAACACCAACAACAAUUGACCUUUGUACACCGACACCAGCAACAAUCGACCUUUGUACACCUGCACCAGUUACGAUCGAUUUAGAUUCACCUCAAAUACCAUCCAACACUAACACUACAGACUCACCACUCCAUUUAAGUCCAAAAUAA